AUGAAGAGUCUAUGYUGCCAUGGAGAGAAAGGCCUMUUGUCCAAAAUCCUUGAGACAUUAAUYAAGACCCCACCCAAUGCGUCCAUAAGGUUCUGGUUAUCUAGAGCUAUUGAAGGGUUCYUGCGUGGCCGCGCUUCCUUUGGUGAUCAACUGUUYCUUGUCAAAAGAGGUCUUUUGGAGCAUCUUGUAGACCACAUUGGUAGUUCUGAAAUAAAACCAAAGGAAAUACUGCAGAGCAGCUUUGAUCUUCUUGGAGAACUCAUGAAGUUUAACCCCAUUGCUUUUAAGAUCUUCAACUCAGUCAUUGAUGACAAAAAGUUUGAGAAGUUCACACACAUAUUGACAUCUAACGUGGUUGACUCAAAUAUGCUUAUUCGCUGCUUGAUACUCAGUCAAGAACGAUUUGUGGAAGAGAUGCCUUUUGGUGGUGUUUCUACUGGGGUAUGCAGGCUCGGUACAUUGAUUAAUGACUGGGAACAAAGAAUGUAUCUACUCAAUAAGCUCAUCAACUCCAUUACUGUCAAUACACUUACUCAGGAAAAUGUUAGCUGUCUCAACACCACCCUUGUAUUCCUAAUGAUUGCAUUCAAACAAGGUCAUUUACCUUCUUACCUCAAAGCAUUUGUAAAAGAAGAGAGAAUUCAGAAAAACCCAGGCUUCAUCAUGAAGAACCUCAGACAUCUUUUGGAGUUCUGGAAAAAUCAUUAUCUUAAGAGAGGAAAGGAUUGCUCAGCUUUAGAACAGAGUUCCUGUAUAAGCUUUGACCAGUGGAAGAAAGUUGUAGAUAUUCUAUUACAAGAUGACAUUACUUCAACAUCAUCAGUCUUGUAUUACCUUCCUCCUGUUAGCCAGUCAUUCAGACACUGCUGAAUGUAGACUUAUAUAUCAUAAAUUGAUUG